GACACUUGACCACCGUGGAGUAGAGUGUACGGUGUGUUGACAUUUACCAAAACAGUUGUGUGUGCUGAUGCAAAUUGAUUUUAAAAUUAGAAAUUUUGUUAAAUUUUUAAAAUGGUCUACGUCGAAUUACAAGCUAUCGUUUUGGCUGGUGGCCGCGGGAGUAGAAUGACCGAAAUUGCUGGCGGACGGCCGAAGUGUUUGCUUCCCGUAGGACCAUAUCCAAUGAUAUUUUAUCCUCUGCAAAUGUUAUCAAGACACGGAUUUGGAGAUGCAAUCGUAAUUGUGCAAGAAGGUCAAAAGCACGAAAUCCAACAGGCUUUGGAUAAGAUUCCACUUAACAUCAAAUUAGAUUUUCAAACGAUUCCAUCGGAUCAAGAUUUUGGAACGGCCGAUUCGUUGAAACACAUUCGGGACAAGCUAAAACACGAUCUGUUGGUUGUAUCGUGCGACACCAUAACCAAUUGCAAUCUAUUCAACCUAUUUGAUUUGUUUCGAAAUCAUAAUGCAUCAGUGACUGCAUUGAUGGUAAAGGGUGGAUUAGAAGGAGACGUUGUCGUGCCUGGUCCGAAAACGAAACUGAUUCCAGAACGCGACCUCAUCGGAAUACAUGAACCGUCCGGAAGACUGUUACUCUUGUCAUCGACUAGUGACUACGAGGAGACUCUGUCUUUGUCUGGACAUUUGUUACGUAAUAAGGAACAAGUUUGUAUCCAUACUCGGCUGUGUGACGCUCAUGUUUACAUAUUGAAGAAGUGGGUUGUUGACUUUCUGAUUCAGACUGACGGAUUUUCAACGCUCAAAGGUGAACUCUUACCGUACAUUGUGAAAAAGCAAAGUUCACGUGCAAGUGUUCUCGGAGAACAUGACAAACUGACAUCGGUUAUUAACGCCAACAUGAAGGUGGAUGAAAUUUUUAAUUGUUUUACACGAUCUGAACUAGAAGAAAAAGUCGACAACACUACUCUGUAUACCGAUACACCAAGCAAACGUGCAUACAAUGGUGAUACGAUUAGAUGUUUUGCAUCUAAACUACCAUCCGAUAUGUUCGGUACACGGGUGAACACUACACAGAAUUACUAUGCAAUCAACCAAAAGAUUAUCAAAAUAUGGACUCAACUGUUCGAUGGUAAAGGUCUAUCGUUAAUUUCACCGAACGCUACCAUUAAAUCAACACAAAUUGUCGAAUGUGCUGUCGGUGAUGGUACGGUAAUUGCGGAGAAGACUUCAUUGAAGAAUUCGGUUCUAGGACGCAAUUGUCAAAUAAUUGAAAAAGUUCGAAUAUCGGACAGUGUUUUGAUGAACGGAGUCGUCAUUGAGGAGAGGGUCGUCCUCGAAAGUUGUAUUGUGUGUGACAAUGUUGUCAUUAAGUCCGGAUCGAUUUUGAAGUCGUGCCUUAUCGGGCCCAACUAUAUCGUAGCAACGGAUACGAAAAGCGAAAGAGUUCAUUUGACCAAUGCCGAUGGAUUCAUGGAAAUUGAAUAAGAAUAUUGUAGUUUCAUUGAAUGAAAAAUGGUUUCGUUGACAAAAAAA